AUGGUGGCCUCCGUGAGGGAGGGGGUCAUGUCUACCCACCUCCACUCAAGGGAAACGAGUAGCCACGUGAAUCCACUGUUCAUCACGAGUGGAGCGUCCAACCAAAGCAGCAGCUACGAAGUUACUGGAGAGCAGGAGAGCACAAGUGCUCAUAACAACGGUGUGGUGACCGCCAAUCAAAUGAGACAUCUGAUGAGUCUCCAAAGUGGAGUGCCCCCCAACGGUUACAUUCACCACGUGAAGGGGGACCAUCACUUGCUCGAAAAUGGUAAGGCGAUGAACACCUCCAUGCACCGCCAUCUAAAUGGAAAGAGAAACACGCCAGAAUGUCAGUCGACGCAGUUCCUCUCCAACCCGUACGCACACACGAAUCGUUAUCUCGAUGAGCAACACUCUUACGUAGAGACCAACCAGUUUGAUUGCCUCAAUGACGCGGACACCAAUGUGGGUCACUUCUCCGAAGCAAUCACUAUGGAAGGUAGAUGCAACCAUGGGAGUGUGCUGCAUCUGGGGGAAGAACAGACCCCCUCCCAAGUCCUAUACAUUCACAUGAUGGGGAAUAAUAAACGGAAUGAGCCCUCCAUUGGAGAUCCCUCUCUGGGGGACUCCCUCAAGAGGGAUAAGCUGCUUUGGUGUAAUGGCGUUAAUGGGGGGGUGCUUCCAUCCAUUUUGCGGAGCGGAGGUAGGCAAGAUGUAUACGAAGCGCCCUCAAUGGGGCACGCUCAAGUGGGGGUGACUCAAUUGGAGAGUACCCAAGUGGAGAGUACCCAACAGGGGAGUACCCAACAGGGGAGUACCCAACAGGGGAGUACCCAACAGGGGAAUACCCAACUGGGGAGUACCCAACAGGGGAAAAGCCAGACAGCGCCAUGCUAG